CACUACCAUUACACCUAUAAAUACCUUAAUGACUACAAAAACUAUCACAAAAGCUACAACUACCCCAGAUACCACAAUAGUAUCGUCAACCACCAAGACAAAUAAUGCAACUCACAGUGACCCUACAGUGAACAGCACAACUGUGGGUGACAAAAACACAAAUUCUCAGAGUGUUUCAACUGGGAAGUCGGUUGUUCCCCAGACAUCGGGCAGCGGUGGCAGCGGCGGAAGCAGCAGCAGCAGCAAUGACGGGGUACCUGGAUGGGGUAUUGCCGUCUUAGUAUUGGCCUCUGCUAUCUUGUUGCUACUCAUAAUCCUCUUUAUUGUGAUGUUGGUCCGGUGGUGUUGUAUGACAACAGAAAGCGGCCAAGUGGUCACUCCACAGGAUCCAUAUUACCCUGAAAAGACACAAUCGCCUCCGGGCCCUCAGCCGGCAUACGCCCCUCCAGCCCCGGUGGAACAGAAGCCGGGGUCUGCCCCUGUCAUUAUUGGGGACACUCCCAAGAAGAACAGAACAGGGUUCUAUGCAGUAAAUCCCUGAAGUGAUCUGGAUGAAUGGCAACAGGUAGCAGACUUCUUUCAGUAGAUCAUUGAUAGGCUGCCCAGGCACAUGAAGAAAUACCUUUUGAUUAUGAACCAGUGUGCACAAUAAUAACUUUACAUUUAUAUUGCCAUAAGUUUACGGCAAUAUAAAUGUUUAACUUCCUGUGCUCAGAGGCUUCAGAUAUCUAUGCAAUAUACAGUAUGCUUUGAACUAAAAUCUAAUUGCCAAUACUUUUUUCCUGUAUCCAUAAAGUAUUUUGAUUGACACUAUCAGGUGAAAACACAUUUCAUUGUAAUAUUUUAAAACGUGUAUUGAAUGACAUUAUGCUUGUGAAAACCACAUAACUUCCAAUUGAUGUGUUUAAUAUGGUCAUAUUGUUAAAGGCAUGUUCAUGCAAAUGUUAAUGAAAAUGCUGUCAACCCAUGUUUGGUCAUUUUUACUGAAAGAACAGCUGUGAUGUCAUCUACAUCAAAGAAGAACUGCAUAUUUAGUAACUGAUAGUUAUAUAAUGCCACGUUGGAAUACAGAGGGAGUGACGUGCCUCCGACCUCUCCCACUCUCUCAACAGUAAGGAUCUUAAUCACCGCUUACGUAUUACAAAAUUUGUUUGACACUCACACCGUGCUGUUUGAUGAUACAAGGAGGCUGGCUAUUGUGUGUAUUUGUAUGAAUCUAUUAAACAAAGGCAUGCUUUCUAUAAAUAAAAAUGUACCAAGA